UUACCAUUGAAUUUAAAAUACUCUUAAAUCAAUUACAACAGAAGUACUAUAUAGAAUAAGAGUGACAUGAACUGAGCCAAUGUAGGCAACUGCAACUACAUUUUACAAUUGACUCAAAUGAGUCAAAUGUUAUAACCGGCAUGAAAGUAUUGUUUGCUUUGCAGUUUGUAUGUUCUGUGAUUCUGUUGUGAUGUAAUGUAAUAAGUAACAAUUUUAAAUACUUUUAAGUGAGGAUAAAUUAUUUUUAUAUCUAUUUUUAUAUUUAUUUUAAAGUUGUUUACAAUGAAUAGCAAUGAUUCAGAUGAGGAAAUGUUUCCCUUCAAUCCUGAAUAUUCAACACCAUUUGCUUAUAAUGAUCCAGUACUAGUUGAGGGGGUACUAGGAGCAGUACUAGAAUCAGAUUUGGGGAAACUAAUAAGUUUAGUGGAUAGUGGAAAAUCAUUGAAUAUAAAUGAUAAUAAUGGAAAUACUGCUCUUCACUAUGCUGCCUGCAAAAACAAUAUGGAUAUAAUAAAAUACAUUCUUGAUCAAGACCACACCUUAAUCAAUACUAAAAAUGAAUUUGGAGAAACUCCACUUUCAGUUGCUUCAUUGAACGGCCGAUACGAAGCUGUCAAAAUGCUGAUCGAUUUUGGAGGCGAUGUAAAUAAUCAAGAAAAAGAUGGUACAGCGCCACUCCAUAAUACCGUAUCAUGUCCAAAACUGACGCAUCUGUUGCUAUCAAAUGGAGCCGAUGUGAACAUUCUAGAUUUUUUCAGCAACACUCCCCUACAUCUGGCAGUAGAAAAAGAAUCACUAGAAACGAUAUAUGUAUUAUUAUACUAUGGAGCAGACGUGAAUGCUAUAAACCAUUUUGGUUAUAAUCCUUUUAUGAAGGCCUUGGCGAGCAGUAACAUUGAAAUCCAAGAAGUAUUAUUGGAUUACGUCGACGAUUUCAACACCACCAGUAAUUGGAGUACGUUGCACAUUGCGUUGAGAUACCGAAGUCCUUAUUAUGAAGAAAUCGUUAGGAGAGGAGCGAUCGUGGACAAUCAAGCCCUCAUAGCUUGUAUUGAUAUUCCCAAUAUUAAUCAUUUCAGAUUUGUUUGGAAUAAUUUACAAAAAUUGGAGCUAGCUCCUAACGAAAACGGGAUACUUUUGAAGUUAUUUACGUUGUGGAAUAGGAAUUUACUUUCUCCUUACGUCGAUAUAAUCCUCGAUUAUUCCAAUGGUGCAGUGUUACAAGCUCUAGCUAUGGAAACUUUUGGAUGCGACUAUCAUUAUAUUAUCUACGAGUACAAGGAUACGUUAUCUCUUGAUCAAAUAACCAAGUUAACUUUAUUGUUGCUAGGAUAUGGUAUGACUUUAAAUGCAGAUGUCAUAACGGCUAUAUUCAAUUGUUACGGACAAUGCAAACUAUUAGAAUAUUUGAUGUAUAUGGAUUUCGAUGGAAGUUGGCCCGAUUCUUCCGUAACUCCGAGGUUAAUAUUUGAUAUCGAAUAUGAUUUACAGAAAGUGCAUCAAGAAAUUAAAAGUAACCAGUGGUAUUGGAAUUCGAGAGAUUUACAUACGUUUAGGACUUUUUGGACUUACACGCCCAUUUUACAAUUCGCUAAAAUUGCAUUUGAAAAUACACUUACCAAGGAUUUUUUUCCGGGAAAUUCCUCUCCACCAAACGUACCUUCACUUCUCCAAUUGGCAAGAGAUGAAACUAGAAAAUGUAUAAUAAAUACGUUUAAAAUGAAAUGUAUGCGUCAGUAUUAUACUUACGUCAAUUCUAUGGACAUAUCUACAACGUACAAAAGAAUUUUGAAGUAUUAAAGGAAGUUGUAUUACAUUCCUUCGAAUGUAUUUUGCAAUAAGGAGAACUAAUAAAAUCACGUGUUUCAAUUAAUGUAUCAAAUAUGUAUUUACCUAUAUGAUUUGCUAUACGAGAUCCAUUUUGGUUGACAAUUUCUUAAAUUUUUAAAUUUUACUGAAAUCAUAUUUGACAAGCUUCCUUUUGCUGAGCAAACUCUGCAGUGAUGGAUGAAAAUCCUUGUCUUUUCUACCCAUAAGCUGUUCUUGACUGGCUUUUUAACCACACACAGUGACUUGAGAAGCCAUAUCGAUACUAUAGGCAUCACAGUUAAUCUGGAUUGUCGCUGGUACCUUCUGCCUCUUCUACCAAUAAACUGCUCUUCUUAAAAAUUGGUGACCACACAUAGUGAUCUGAGACGCCAUCUCUAUAUAUUAUAGGUAUCACAGUUGAACGGAAUGCCGCUGGUGCUUGGAGAAUGAAGAAAUUGUAAAUAAUGUCAUAGAUGAGUGCCCAGCAGUAGCAUUUAGAAAAGACUCUGCGAUGAUGGAUGAAAACCCCUGGUAUGAGACAAACUAAGGUACACAUAGAUGCACCUUCUGCCUCUUCUACCAAUAAACUGCUUUUCUUAAACAUUGGUGAUCACACAUAGUGACCUGAGACGCCAUCUCGAUAUUAUAGGUAUCACAGUUGAACCGGAAUGCCGCUGGUGCUUGGAGAAUGAAGAAACUGUAAAUCUUAUCAUAGAUGAGUGGCCAUCACUGGUAUUUGGACAAGCCUCAAAGUUUGCCUAGUGACAAAGGGCUCAUGUCAAAGUGCCUGAGAAACUUUUUGAAACACUUUUUUUUGGUAGUUCAAAAAGUGGGGCACAAUGGUUUUAUGUAUGCAUCUAUUUCUUUUAUUGAUAAAAUUAAGUGAUAACAUUCUUAAACAUCGAAAAAUACGAGGGCGAUUUGACGGAGAACUAUUUUUCAAAGAAAAAAUACCUUUAUCGUAGAAAUAUUGAUAAUCAAUUUGGUUAUCAUUUGGAUUUUUGUAUGAACCUUCCUUUUUUGGUUCUCAACAAAUCUCCAUCGAUACAGUUUUUUUUUAAACCUUGAAGGUUUCCCUUACAUUGGAAUCUAAUCAUUAUUGUGAUCAUUGAGCAAUUUUAUUCUUUCCUAAAUUGCUAAAUAUAUCUUGAAACUAGGGGUCUUAAUUAGUACAAGCUUUUUGAGUUUGAUUACAAUUAACACUAACACUACUAUGUAAGAUUCUGCACUUUGUUCUGCCUUUAUACUAAGCACUUAGUAAACUAACUCAAAAGGUUUCGUCCUCUUCAGUCUUCUAUCUACUUUGGUGUUAUCAAGGAGCUUGAUUGUUUCGAUGUUUACAUUUCUUGGAGCCGCUGUUCGUAACUCUUGGCAAAUUUAGUGGUUACCUGUCUUACAUUGUCUAUCUCUAGGUCCCGAUGAGGAUCGUUAUUUCGAAAAUACCAUGGUAAGUGAACGAUGCUCCUUAAUACUUUAUUUUGGAAUAUCUGGAUUUUUUGGGUAUUGGUUGUGGCUGGUACAUCCCUAAAGUCGAAUCCCGUAAGUCCAAACGAGUUCCAAGAUUUGUUUUAAAUACAAGAAAUUAAUUCUAAAUUGUUCAAAGAUGACAACCAACUUUUUUCGCGAUUAUCUCAUUAACGGUUACCGUUAUUACAAAAUAGUGGUUAUCAAAUUUGUAGCUUGAAAAAUUAUCAACAGGAAUUAUUCUAUUGACAGAUACUUUGUUUCGUUAAAUUAACAGUUUUUUUGAAAAUUUGAUUUCAAAAGUUGUGAUAUUGUUAAUUUCACACCACCUUUGAGGUAGAGUACAUGAUGCAUCGUUUGCAGUAGACAUAGUCUACGUCUAUUUAUAAUUAACAGUCUUAGUUAACUGAGAUAAGGAAGCCGUAGUUUCAGGAAAUACAGUGGUUAAUAAAGAAUCAUCACCCACUAGGAUCAAAUAAGAGCAGGAUUUAUUUAAUUGAUAUCAUCCUCCUAUAAUGGCUUCGCUGCUUAUAUAUCUGCAUCUCGUCAAAACUUGUAUCGAGUCUUAACGGUGUAGUUGGUAAUGUUGUCGAAGUUAUCCAACACUGAGAUCGGAGGUUCGAAUCCUCUGUCGGAUGAAAUUUUUAUUAAACAAGCCACUUUCUCUUAGUCCAAAAUAAAGUUACAAACAAACAAACCUACAUACAGAUAAAGCUAAUAUAAGCGUGUUAAAAAUCAUUUGACAUAUUUCAGUAAAAUUUCAUAUUUUAUAAAGUCUGCAUAAACAAUGGGGACUUUUGUGAUUUUAUUUAGUACAACAAAAGGAAUGUUCAGGUAAACAUCCAAUUUUCAUUUUAUUUUUCGAUUAUUUUUUGUUUUUAUUCCCCGAAUUAUUAUUCCAGCGAGUUUCCAAUGUUUCAAACCAUUUAAAAAAUAAUCUUUCAAAAAUUUUGAGUGUGUCCCUUCCAUCAUCUUUUCAUUUGUUUGAAAUCGAAUUCGAAUAAGCAUAUUCAAAGCUAGAUAGAUCAGGUGAAUAUAGUAGAUGAGGUAAUAAAUAGUAACGCAGCUCGGAUUUGUUUACAACAGUAGAGGACGAAUGGGCUGUAAUAGAGUAAAGCAAAACAUUGACGUGGUCGACGUUUCACGACGGAGGAUAAAAUAGAUGAAGCAAUUCAUCAAUUUUUUGAGUGCGGUUCAAUCGAUGACUGGUUUUUAAGUUUUUAAAUUGUGAAAGCUUCGGUUACAAAAGUGCAUUGAUGCAAAUAAAUAUAAUCAUUAUCAGAAAAAGACUUGUAGUUUUUUUUUGUAUAUCCGAAUACUUCACUCAAACGACAUGGAGCGACGGAUGGAAAUUAUCCACAGUAGAUGGUGGAGAAAUCACUUACCUACAAACAGAAAGUUGCAAAUUAAAUUUUUCUUUCUGCUUUAAGGAAUUGAAAAUGUGCAAAUAUCAAAUACUAGUAUAUUUCGAAAAGCAAGCAUAUAAAAAAAGACAAACUAAGUUUACCUUAGAGUUAAUAUUAAAGGUAGAGAGAGCGGCUUGUAAGUGAAAUUAUACUAUUGAACAGUAUCGAUUUAGUACUUUCUUCUUCUUUUUAUUCGAUAUUAAAAUCAAAACUUGUUAUUCUUCUACUUUCUCUACUACAUUCCAAAUUUUUUAUGUCACGAAUUCAAUCAGAAUAGAGUAUAGAGGGAUACCGAUGUUCUUUCUCAUUCUAACAGCACUCCAAGUUCACUUAAACCAGCUCACUUUUUCUAUCUUCAAUAUUUACUUUAAUAUUGACUUUUAAUAUCAACGGUAAAAAUGAGGACAAAUCAUCAUUUUUAACAUAGCAGUUUCUAAAUUUUUCCAAUCAACAUUGUUUAUAUAAUAUUCUUUUAUCAAAUUUAGUACCUCAAUCUUCGAUUUUUUUGCAACUACAACUGUGAUUUACUGCAUUUGAUUUUUUGCUUGCACGUGCAUUAAAUAGUUGUGCAUAAAUAAUUAUUGAUUAAAUAUUUAUAGUCCGUGAACGUAAAGUAAAACAAUCAACCCUACAUCAACUUUUACCCAUAUUAUCUCCCUAUUCGAUUCACGAUUGUUUUGUUAUUAUUACCAGUUUUAGACAAAAACUUGUAAAAAGUAAAAAAAAAACGUAAAAAUAACUAAAUAAAGAUGCAAAUAAAAUAAAAUUUCAGUAUACAGUAAAUGUGCCCUCAAAUUAUUGCGGAAUGCGGGAAAAGAUGAUUCAAUUUCAAUUGGCAAGUGAUUAUGCAUUUUUUUUAUUGUAAAAUAUUGAGUCCAUAACUAAUUCUGAACGUGGAGUAGGUAGGUAAAGGUUGUACUUUGCGCUCCUAAAUGGAUGGCCGUGCAACGACCUUUCUGAAAUUGGAAAAGUCAGAAUUUUUAAUGUCCCUGCAGUGAGCCCUGCUGUUUAGUCCGAGUAAAUAUCUUCAGCUCUCUUUUGUAGUUUGAGGAUUCGCUCAAAUUGAGUUGCACCACACGUACCCCAAAAGGGAAGGGCAUUUCGGAGAUACGACUCAAUAAGGGCAUAAUUAAUUAUUAAAAAGGUGGGUAAGUUCAGUUCUUUGGAAACUGAUCUCAGCGCAAAACACAGAUUCAACGACGUCAUUGGUGGUGUUAUUUAAUAAAAAAGGCAGCAAUGAAUUUUCAUAUGAUAAAACUUUAGUUUUAGAAACGUUUUUACCACUGAUGUCUAGAUAGCAGAUGUCGUUUAUAAACAGAAGAAACCAAAUAGGGUCUCGUACUGAGCCUUGGGGCACUCCACAUUCUAUUGGCUUAUAACAUAUUUGUAUCAACUCUUACAAGCUGAUUCUGUUAGUAAUGUAAUACUUGAACUAUGAGGUGUUCCCCUGAAUCCGUAGUACUGCAAUUUGUUAAUUAAAAUAUUAUGAUUAACACAAUCGAAAGCAUUAGAAAAAUCACAAAAAGUUGUUGCAGUGAUAGCUGCUUAGGCUAGAGUAGACAUUAUUUAUGAGGAAGAAAAUAGCAUUAUUUGUGUAUUAGUUACUUAAAAACCGAAAUUGACGAGUAUUAAGUAUUAUAUAUUUAAACAGAAAUGAUAAAAGUCCCUUUUAACCAAUCAUUCUAUGAUCUUAGAUUACGUGGGAUGGAAUGUAAUUGGGUGAUAAUUCGAUGCUUGAUUUUCAUCUCUUUCUUUAUGUUAAGGUAUAAUUAUAGUCGUCUUAACCCUCCAGAGACGAACGUGAUCAUACGGUAACGGGGUUCCUAUCAUUAUUCUAUUGUCUCCCUCCUUUCUCUUUAUACCUGAAAACGGCUGCUUACCCCAUUUUCUGUAUCUCGAACCCCAGAUUGUCAGUUUAGAAGUAGAAACAGUGGAGUGACAAGUGUUUUUUGUGAUCGAAAAUUGAAAUUGAAAUCAUGACUCUGGAGUUUGGGUAAGUCAAUUUUUACUACUCUCAACUAUUAUUUUUUACUUUAAUGCGAUGUUUUUUUAAUACACCUUGAAGUAAUUGUGUAAAGAAACAAAAUCAUUCUAAAACAUUUACAGCGGAUGUAAUGUGAACGGAAAUUCUUGUAUUACCAAUUUUUCUGUUAUUAAAUUUUUUUCAAAUUCUGUUCUACAAACUAUUUUUCUGCAUACAUUAUAUAUUUUGUUUCGCUGAAAAUAAUUGAAUAUUGCAUCAUUUUCAUUGAAAUUGUAGUCGGUUCAUAGUUCAGUACAAAUAAAACAUAAUUUUUUAUUUAUGUUGAUCCAAUUUCAUAAAUCAAGCAAAGGCGAUCGUAAUAAUGAUUAAAAUUUUUCUAAAUUUGCCUUAGAAUCCCCUUCUUAUAACACCCAUAUUGUUGGUUCAAUUCAUAUUUAUUUUCAAUUCCUCGUAUUGAUUUCUUUUGUUGCAGAGAGAACUUGAAAUUUGUAGGAAUAUUCAUCAAUAAAUGGAUCGACAGCUUAUGGCUCGACACCACAAUCCCAGGUGAAGAGAUACAGCUGGAAAGAUAAGAAAAAUAUUUCCGUAACGCAACCUAAUUGUAUAAAUAUGUACAAUAAACACACUGAUUGCGUGGAUGAAGAUCUGGCAAAAUGGAGAAUAUCAAUUAGGAAUAAAAAGUGGUGGUGGCCAAUAUUUACAUGGAUGAUUGAUGCAACAACAAAUAAUGCCUGGAUAAUGUACAGGAAAUCAAUAGGGAACGUAACGAAAUUAAACUUUCGUAGAGAGAUUUGCCAAACGUAUUUGAAAAAGUACAAGACUGACUCAAAGUCCCUUGGUGGGUCGUCAUCUGUCACUUCGGUUUCAACACAGUCGAUGGAAACUUUGUGGUUUGAUCAUUUGGAUCAUUAUAUAUCCGAAACUGAAGGCAAGAAAAUGUGCAGAAAAUGAUUGUAGUUCGGUAGUAAGUGUAAUUAUUUUUUUAUAACAUAAGUAAAUAGUUUAUAACAGUGGAAUUAAUUAAGGGUUAAUAAAUUACGAUUUUUUAGUUUGAUUUAUUUGUACCUCUCAAGGACGAUCGCGACCGUAUGGUCACAGCCGUUUUCCCGUGACUUUGAAUAACUAAUUAACAAUUGUACUGAAAAAGAAAAAAUAAUUAAUUAAAACAAUUUUGGCUCGUCCCUGGGGGGUUAAGACAAUUGGGAAUAGUGCCAUUUUGAAUUGAAACGUUUAUUAGAGUGGUAGGGUGAUUAAAUGUGCAAUUGGGAAAACUCGAAAACAUUUUUAAUUUAAGUC